ACAAAUGCAUCACAAAUAAAUAUUAUAAAAUAUUCGAUGUUGGUUUCAUUCGAUGUAUUAAAUUGAAGCGGUGCGUUUCGUCUCCAUCUCGCCAUUCUCUGCCGCUUAACGAUGCAAAAUUUGCACUCGAUAAGAAACAAAUCUCCACCGUGUCUCUGACUCCGAUUCCGGUGUUGUUUUCCUUUUAAGAAAAUUUCAACAAAGCAUCCGACUGUUGACGUUUUAAUGUUUUGUUCAAGAAAUCUGAAAAACUAAAUUUUAAGUACAAAAUUGGCAGGAAUUACUGACUUUAAUUUGGAUAGGCCUGAAGCCAAAAAUGCAAUUGGGAUUGAUACGUUGAGAGGCUUGCGCCAUGCCUUCGAAGCUAUCGAUAGAGAUUCCUCCGCUCACGUAGUUAUGAUCUCCAGCUCAGUUCCCAAGGUUUUCUGUGCUGGCGCUGAUUUAAAGGAACGAAAGAAGAUGACUGCUUCUGAGGUCCAUUCAUAUAUCAACUACUUGCGAUCCACUUUCUCAUUAUUAGAGGAACUUCAUAUUCCUACUAUUGCUGUUAUUGAAGGUGCAGCAUUGGGUGGAGGACUUGAAAUGGCUCUGUCAUGUGAUCGUAGGAUCUGUGGGGAAAAUGCAUUAUUGGGAUUGCCUGAAACAGGACUUGCCAUAAUUCCUGGUGCAGGUGGGACUCACAGACUUCCUAGAUUGGUUGGAAAAUCAAUAGCGAAGGAACUUAUUUUUACUGGUCUUGUCAAUUACUGUGUUCCUGCCGGGGAAGCUCAUCCCAAAGCCUUAGAAAUUGCUCGUGAAAUAAAUCAGAAGGGUCCAAUAGCAAUGAGGAUGGCAACAAGAGCUAUAAACGAGGGGCUUGAGAGAGAUAUGGCUUCGGCUUUGGAUUUAGAAGAAGAGUGCUAUGAACGGCAUUUGAAUACAAAAGAUCGCUUGGAAGGCUUAGCAGCAUUUGUCGAGAAGCGGAAGCCAAGAUAUACUGGUGAAUAAGAAGAAAGACCCAGACUCUUACUAAAUAACAGGUUUCAGACAAGUUUAUGACUGAUAAUAGUUUUCAAUUUGUUUUAAAUUUGGGCCUUUGAGAAGUCUAUAUGUUGGAUGAACUCUUUAUAGUAAUUAAAAUGACAAAAAUAAAUUACAUUAACCUUGUAUGCCAAAGUUAAUUCUAUGGUUGUUUAAAUUUUCUGUAUGCUAAGCAGCCUUGUUCACUAUGGUAGUUGUUUCAGAGAUCGAAUCUAAAUCCUCACUUUUCAAAACCUUACUUUUACUUGAGCUUUUAUCCAUUUUACACCUAUUUUUAACGAAAUACAGUUAAUGUGCUAGUGUGCAAUAUAUUGUGAUAUUGAUGAAUGCUGAAGAUGGUCUCCUAUAGCAGUUAAUAUGACAAUGUUGAAAUUCUGACAAAUCCCAAUGUCGGGUUCUAACAUUACUGGCAAGUAGAUUGAACAAAAGCGUGUUUGUUUCCAAAUUAGGAAGAGAGAAAUGUUGUGUCAAAAGAAGGAAAUGAACAUAUAAAGUGAUUGAAGUUCCAGUUCUACCGGUUUAUCACAUUAUGUCAUUAAGGUAUUUUUGGCUUUCAUCAUAAAGGUAGUUUACAAAAUUGUCAUGUUUGUAUUAUAAGUACGAACUUUGGCUUCAAGAAUUAAAGGCUACAAGUCGUUAAUUAGUAACUUUGUCCUCUAUUUCCUGGGCGAGAAUUUUGAUAAUUUUGCAUGAAUUAACUGAUUCAGAUGACAAUGGAGUUCAUUAUGAUUCUGCUUAGAUGGAUAGCUCUUUAGUUUAUCUUUGUCAACAAUGCAAAAGGCUGUGACAGUUGAGCAACAACUUGUAAUAACUCUUUUAUUUUUUCAAUUAUAAUGUCGUGAAAGAUCAUUUUAGAAGCUUUCCAUUCUUGUUAAUGUCUGAAGGUCAUGAUAGGGAAUUCAGUGAUAGCUGCCAUAACAGAAUCACGUUUGAUGAUUUUUCUAGUCUACAGUUAAUUACCAUAGCCAAUCCUUUGUGUGUUGGACUUGUAACUUGCUAUUCUGGAAGUGAUUCCUCUUUAUAAUUGGCAGCAACCCAAUGGUUUUUUCACCAACUCUUUUCUCUUAUUCAAACAAGU